UUGAGGGAUUUCCUGAAAACACUGAGGAGACAACGUGCGGCUCCAAAACGACUCUGAAAAGUUCGGAAAAACAAUUCAAUGUGCUUUGUCGUAAGCAGUUCAAUGAGAUUGUAUGAUAGCAGGCGUUGAAUUAAGAUAGAAGGUCACUUGAAGAAGAAGUCGAACGAGCUUCCACUUUAUUUUUAAGUUCAGUGUAGUCAGUAUAGUCAGCUAGCAAGCUAGCUAUAUAGUUACAGCAGCUGCAACAUUGAAUUACUUGAUUGAAACAAGAGCAGAAUUGGUUUCCAACAUUGUCAACAGUUGAAGUUGCCGGGCUUAUUUGCGUGCUUGACGAGAAAGUAUGAUUCACAAAUGUGCAGUGACUGGUUGUCCAAACAGAUCGGACACAAUUAUUCACUACACACUACCAGAGGAGGAAAACAGACGUCGGCGGUGGAUACAGUUCAUGGAAAGGGGAGGAAAAGAAAUGGAUGCCUCUGCAUUACGGAUCUGCGGUAGCCAUUUCACUGAAGACAGCUUCACGAAGUUGGAUUUGGGAUUCACAACGCGAUUAAUAUUAAAUGUAAAUGCAGUGCCCACAAUUUAUCCAGAGGAUCUCUUAAAACUGCAAAAGGAAUCUCACCAUCCUCCACUAGAGGAUGGUCCAGCAGGAGCAGUCUGCAUCAAAAGAACUGAUACAAGUUCUUCAGAUCUUUGGAAAGAAGUCCUGGCUAAGGGUGAGCUGGAUGAAGACGAUAUGACUGAGGAGCCUGCUGAAGAUGACGAUUCAGUUGAAGAUGAGAUGACUGAUGAGCCAUUCGAUUUAGUGAAAGUCGAACCACCACAUGAAAAUGGAUACGAUGAUUCAUCAUUUGAUCAACACAAAACUCUGAAUAUCAACUCCUCUCUGAAACAAUAUAAUUGCGAUCAGUGUGGAAGGAACUUUUCUCACAAAGCGUUUUUGAAAGCCCAUCAGAAGAUCCAUGCCAGUGUGGAGUCACAGAUGUCAUUCAGCUGCACGAUGUGCGACAGGCGGUUUAGUAAAAAGUCAGGGCUGAAUAAACACAUGCAUAAUCACCUGGAAAGGCCAAACUACCCCUGCCCAGUGUGUGGAGAAGAAUUUGAAUUAAAGGGUAGCCUCCAUAGCCAUGUGAAAUCACACCCUGGAGAGCGUUUUCGAUGUAAAUUCUGUGACCAGGGAUUUUUAAAGAUCGACGCCUACAUGCGCCACGUGGACCGGCACACUGUGGUAACCCCGUACUAUUGUGAGAAAUGUAAAAUCUACCAGCUGACAGAGAGAGGCUUCCUGCUCCACCAGAGAGGGCAUUGCCGACAAGAGUUGGAGAAGAAACUGACUGAGAGUAGGAUGGUGGGGGGUAGAAAAGGUGGCAGACCUAAAAAGAACCUCGCUCAGAUUCAGAACCUGCCGCAGCAAGUUGCAGCAGACCCACAAGGGGGCGCUGAAAUCUCUGGACCAAACCUGACCCUGCAGUCGCUCACCAACACUAACGGCACACUGCUGAAGGCGUCUGGUGAAGAUUCAUCACAUGAGAUGACCAACCCCUCAGAUGAGGCUGAAAUGGUGGAGGAGCAAGUGCCACCUAGGGAUGAAAUAAAGGAGGCCUUUAAUGCCAGUUCAGAGAAUGGUCCAACAACAAAACAUUGCAUCAACGGAUCUGAAACAAUUCCUCCAAAUGUUUCUAAAGAGGGACUGACUGAAGCGGAGAUGCUUGGCGCGCCGAUCGAAGAUGAGCUGAAUGACGAGCCAUUUAAUAUAGUCAAAAUUGAACCACAAGAUUUAAACAGAUACGGCGUUCCAUCGUUCACUAAACGCUUUCCCGUGGAAGAUAGCAGCGUUCUGAAACCGUAUCAUUGCUAUCAGUGUGGAAGGGACUUCACUCACAAAGCGUUUUUGAAAACUCAUCAAAAGGUCCAUGCCAGUAUGGAGACGAUGGCAUUCAGCUGCACAAAGUGCGACAGGCGAUUUAAUAAAAAGUCAGAGCUCCACAAACACAUGCACAAUCACCUGGAAAGGCCAAACUAUCCUUGCCCAGUGUGUGGGGAAGAAUUUGAAAUUAAAGGUGGCCUCCAUAACCAUGUGAAAUCACACCCCGGAGAACGAUUCCGCUGUAAAUUCUGCAAUCAGAGGUUUUUAAAGAUCGACCCGUACUUGAAACAUGUUGACAGACACACAGUGGUGACCCCAUACUAUUGUGAGAAAUGCAACGUGUACCAGCUGACCGAGAGAGGCUUCCUGAUACACCAGAGAGGGCAUAACGCAGAUGACCUGCAGCCCAAACCGACCAAGCCUCGGCCGGUGCUGAAAAGACGGAGACGCCGUAGAAAGAACCGCGUUCUAAUUAAGAACCCACCCAAGCCAGUUGCAGCAGAACCACAAUUGGACUCUGAAGUCCCUGAACCGAAACUCACCCUGCAAUCACAUGCCGACACCAACGGCACACUGCUGGAGGCGUUCCCAUCGCAUGAGCCAACAGGCCCCUCAGACGAAGCUGAGAUGGAGCAGGAGGAGGAAGAGCAAGAGGAGGAGGAGGAACAGGAACAGGAGGAGGAGGAAAUGUCGCCUGAGGAUGAAACCUCGGAUGGCAGUCUAAAGGAAUCUACAGAUUGAGAUUUACACAAUUAAGAUUGGAGAGUCUGAUCUCACUUCAUGAUUUCAUGUUUGUCCCCUUUCUAGACCCAUGUUUAUUACAGGCUGUUGUAUGUCCUCACACUUUGUAUGUAAGUAAGUUAUAGAUGGGCUUUAACUAAUGAAUUCUUGCUAGCGAUCAUGGUAUAUCCAAAUCUAGAUGAAAUUAAUUGUGUGUGGUCACAGUUGUCAAUCAUGAUUUAUAUUGUCACUCAUAUUUGAGACCUAUAAAUACUUCUCUGGUCUGUUUUUAUCAGCUGUGUCAAAAGGGGAGUUAAUGAGGCAUCAUGCUGGAAAUUCAGUCAUGCAAACGAGUCAUUUUUUUACACAGUAGCUAUGUGAUUAAAGAGAGGAUGAUUCACAUUAGGAACAACUUUUUUAGCAAGUGAGCUUUUUACACCUGAAAUGAGUAAUUCUUCUGUACGUUGUUUUUGAGUAAUUGUAAAAAUGUCACGCUUAUGGUCUGUAUCCUCUUUUUGAAGCAUCUUGUUCAUAAAGGAUGAAUAAAACCCUCAACAAUU